CCUUACCUCAGCUCCAAGCAUCAAACGCUACUACUACUCCGUAGGUACCUAACCUAGAAGAACUUGACGGGUAUAGAUGCAUGUUGUCCACGGUAGUGUUCUUACGUUUCGCAAGCACCAGCCUUCCCUUAUUUAUCUAAUUUUUUUGGCGCCCUUAGUUGUUGUUCUAUUUCGUCGUAUUCUUUAGUUAUCCUUCAUAACCUGAUUUCUUUCCUCAACCUCGCCUCUUUUAUGACGGCGGCCAGUAUAGUAACGGUUCUUUUACGAUAACCUAGCCUGCCCAAUGGUAAAUUUCUAACAUAUUCCAGACCCUGGUACUUCACAUUUGCAUUGCAUCCACAACCUAUCGAAAUCAUUCCAUCUCAACCCUCUCGAGGGAAUUGGGAAAACGGAGGGUGCAUUACACGCAUGACUUUGCGACGACGGUUGAAUAGUCAUGGCCAAUCGCCUAGAUAACUCUGCCAACGACCCAUGUCGGUCAGCAACGGUGCAGGAGAAGGAAAGCUGGAAUGGCUUUUGUGAGCUGGAGUCGGAGCCUGCUCUUUUCAAUGUGAUGCUGCGAGAAUUCGGGGUGAAAGGCGUCAAAGUCCAAGAAGUUGUAUCAUUAGAUGAAGAGAUGAUGGCAUUCUUACACAAGCCUGUCUAUGGGUUGAUCUUCCUGUUUCGUUGGCGGGAAGAUGAUCCGGAGAAGCAAGAAGCGAGCUGCCCAGAAGGGCUUUGGUUUGCAAACCAGACUACCAGCAAUGCUUGCGCCAGUGUUGCCCUGCUAAAUAUUGUCAACAACAUAGAAGGCAUCGAGCUUGGGGAUAACCUACAGCAUUUCAAGGACUUCACGAUGCCGUUUACUCCUGCGCUUAGGGGAGAUGCCAUCAGUAAUUUUGAAUUUGUCAAACGAAUACAUAAUUCAUUUGCAAGGAAAAUGGAUAUUCUCAAUUCAGAUCUUCAACUAAAGCAUGAGGCGAAAUCUAGGCGUUCUCGUUCGAGUAAGGGCAUGCACGAUGAAACUGAUAUAGACGCAGGGUUCCACUUUAUCGCGUUUGUCCCUGCGUUGGGGAAAGUCUGGAAGUUCGAUGGCCUGGAACGCCAGCCCCAGGCACUCGGGCCUUGUACUCCUGAUGAGGAUUGGUUGGGUUUGGUAAAACCGCACCUUAUCACCAGGAUGACUGAAUAUGAAGAAGGUCAGAUUGAAUUCUCAAUCCUCAGUCUCGUUAGGGACCCGCUUGUAGACCUUAUUGGUAAACUGGCUGUCAAUAUAAAGUGUCUGGAGAUGCUUAAUCAGCGCUUAACUACCCAAGCUCCUGGAGUGGCCCACUCGGACUCGCCGUUUGCAAGUCCCAUCCUAGAAAAUACUAUUCUGGGUCCGGAUAAGUCCUUUGAUAUAACAAGAGAGUCUCUCGAUCAGGCAAUUGUUCCAGUGGUAUUGGAGAGGUACCAUUUGUUCUCCGUGCAAGAAAUAGCCGAGUUCCAACGAAAGCUUUGCAAUGAACAGCAGUUGUUACGAGCUGCGAUUCGAGACGAGCAGCAAACCCAGCGGGCGGAUGACGACUAUGCGGCAGGGAGGAGGUACGACUACGGGCCAGCUAUACGAACUUGGGUGCGAUUCUUGGCCCGCAAAGGGCUGGUUGAGAGCUUAAUACCAGUGGAAGAGGUAUGAUACAGCGGGGUGGCCCGAGGGGAUGUUGAGAGCCUUUCCUGUACUGGAGAAAAUUACCGCCGACGAUAGGGCAUUUAUUUACUGGUUGGUGAUAGUAAAUAGGUAUCAGGUGAAAAGGUGAGCCCGAACAGGAUGGAAAGACAAUAUUUGAUACUAAUGUAGUAUCGCGCCUAGAGUACGGAGCACUAGUUAGAUUAACACAACAUAGAGGGGAGAGGGGCCCGGGGGGUGCAAGGAGAGAAAGAAAUGGAUAUGGAAACCACUGCCCUGGUGUGAAGUUGGACGGUUCACUGAAGUACUAAACGGACCUCGUGAUGCG